AGAAGUUUUCUUCUUCUUUUGACAUCUUUUGUCUUCUUCGUCUCUGGCCUUCUCCUCCUCCUCGAGAGAGAAUCAUCUUCCCAUGGCGAGCGAAGAAGACAAAGCCCUUGAAGACCUUCUUGACGUUCAGCUCAAUGAACAAAAAGAAUCUCUUUCCGCCAUCGGCGAAGCCCUAGCUUCUGACCCAUUUAAUCCCGAACUCCUCUCGGUUCAUGAAGAACUUCUCCAAGCAAUCAAGGAGACAGAGGAAGGGCUUUUCCACUUAAAGCGUGCUCGGUUAUUGCAAGAAGCUGAUAUAGUGCUGAAUGGGUUGAGUCGUGAUGCUGGAGAGCAUCUAAAUGAAUUGGAGCCAGAGAAAAAGGAUUUGGAUGGAUCGCAAUGUAGGUUUCGACAUACUGAUGGUCGUUGGUAUAAUGGUCGCAUUAUUGGGUUUGAAGGCUCUGAUACUGCUAAGAUCUCUUUCCUUACACCCACAUCUGAGAGUAUGACGAUGUGCAAGUUUUUCAUGCAACAGAGGUGUCGGUUUGGUAGUUCUUGUCGUUCAUCACAUGGACUAGAUGUGCCGUUAUCUUCUCUAAAGAACUAUGCACAGACUGAGUGGAAAGAAUCGAUGGUAGGCUCCAAGAUUUGGGCCGUUUCUGGCGGUAAAGACGACAUAUGGAGGAAGGCUGAACUUGAAUCAUGGGAUGAUGAGUUACAAGUUGGCGGAAUUGUUUUCAGAGAUGAUGGAAGCUCCGCAAAGCUAGGAUCUGAUGCUAUGGCAUUGUCAGAAUACGCUCAGAUGACUGAUGAUGACGGGGAAGAGGAGGAGGAGAACGAAGAAGGGAGUGGUGAUUCAGAUUCUGGCGAAUCUAUUUCAAGUGAUUAUGAUGAAGAGUCUCCACAAGGCAUAGGCUUUCUAGAAAGCACAAAUCAACCAAGAGGCGUCCAAACUGACACCGCCUUAUUUGCUAAGUGGGAGAAUCACACCAGAGGAAUAGCUUCGAAGAUGAUGGCAAGUAUGGGUUACCGUGAAGGGAUGGGUCUUGGUGCCUCUGGUCAAGGGAUAUUAAAUCCUGUCUUAGUAAAAGUACUUCCAGCAAAGCGGUCGCUGGAUUAUGCUCUUGAGCAUGUUAAAAACGGAGAAGGUAAAAGCGAGAAGCAGAAGAAGAAAAGGAGCAGAGGUGGGAAAAGGAAGCGUGAGAAGAAGUUUGCAGAAGCAGCUAGAGCAGCGAAACAAAAAGAGGAAUCGAAGCCAGAUUUGUUUAGCUUUAUCAACGAACAAAUUUUUCCUAGAAGCCAUGAGAAAGUAAGCAGGAUGGAGUCCGUAAAAAAGAAGCAAAACAGUGGUCCAGUAGACAGGAAAGCUUUGGUUGCAUACCAAGACGAAAUCAAGGACUUGAAGGUGGAACUAAUGAAACUAGAACAGAUGGUCAACAGAAACAAGAAAGAUCAAGUCGUUUCAGAUGCUGCGACAAAAAGACUGAACCAAGUCCGAAAGGCAUUGGCGAGUACACUAGCAUCUCAAGCAGCUGCCUCCAAUGCAGUAGAAAUCAAAGAGAAAGAGAAGAAAUGGCUCAAGUUUUAGAACAUAGAACCUUGCACCAGGUUAACAUAAUUUUCAUGGUUAAACUGUAUGAUUUAUAGCAAACACUGGAACCUUUUGAAUUAUAGUUGCGUUUACAAGCAAAAUGGUAUUCCAUGAAAUACAUGUUGGAGGUAGA